GAGGCAGGCAGGCAGGCAGGGGAGGGGAACCCCCGCAACAAGGCCGUCCGCCUGGCCCGAGCGCGCGCGCCACCCAUCCCAUCCCAUCCCAUCCCAUGCCGCCGCUGGAGGCCCUCCUCGGCGCCGCCGAGCUCUGGCGCCCCGCCGCGCGCGGGGCCGGCGGCUGGGCCACCGCCGCCGCGCUCCUCCUGCUCCUCGUCGCCCACCUCUCCGUCCUCCUCGUCCGCCGCCGCCGCCGGGGGCGGGCCCGCCUCGCCCGGCAGCAGGAGGACGCCCCCGCGGCGCCCGCCCCCGCCCCACCCUCCUCCGGGUCCGGCUCCAGCUCAGGGGUGGAGGGCCUCGUGACGGAGGACGAUCUGAGGCAGCUGGUGGGCAGCCUGGGGGUCGGCGCCCGCCAGCCGGAGCUCGAGGGCUGGGACCCCGUCAUCGCCAAGGGGAACGACGCCGUCUCCUACAAGGCGUGGUGCGAGAGGACCGCGGAUGGCACACCUAGAUAUCUUAGUGUGACAACUUAUGAGGGAUGCUCAACAGAGCUUUUGAGGGACUUUUACAUGGAUAAUGAGUACAGGAUGGAGUGGGAUAACACUGUGAUAAAGCAUGAGCAGCUACAGUGUGAUGAAAAUAGCGGAAUUGAGAUAGGGCGUACGGUUAAGAAGUUCCCUCUUUUAACACCAAGGGAGUACAUAUUGGCAUGGCGAGUUUGGGCAUCAGAUGAGAACUCUUUCUAUUGCUUGGUAAAGGAAUGUGAGCAGUCUCUUGCGCCAAGACAAAGAAAAUUUGUUCGAGUACGACUUCUGAGAUCGGGGUGGUGUAUUAGGAAAGUCCCUGGAAGAGACGCAUGUGAAAUCACCGUGCUGCACCAUGAAGACAAUGGCAUGAACAUCGAGAUGGCAAAGCUGGCCUUUUCCAAGGGCAUCUGGAAUUAUAUUUGUAAGAUGAACAAUGCUUUACGCCGGUAUCCUCAGCAGCGUGAUCCGUCGAUAUCAAUUUCGACCAUGCGAAGACUUACCAAGAAGUUUCCCCAGGACUUGCAGAGCAACGUGGAUGAAAGUAAUCAAUCUCCAGUGAAUACAGCUGCGGCUGUUGCUCCUCCUACACCUUCAUCCGGAACUUCUCCCUGCAAGCAGCUAGGGAAGAAGUCAUCACGGGAAACGAUUGCAAGUGGACUUUUGCUAAUUGGAAGCAUCGUUUGUCUGUCGAAAGGCCGAUCUAACCUCGGCGCACAGCUUGCCAUGGCAUUCUUCCUGAAGAAGGCCUUUAAGCAGGACAAAGAACCAGGCUCUUCGCCAAGGGGAAGAACUGAUGCGACGGUGCCCAUGCAGUAGUAGUAGGACUGGCUUAAGCUGUUGAUGCUACCGUUUUAUCCUUACAAACUGAGUACUUACUACUUACAUGAAAUUGAAAAGGCAUGAUUGUACAGCGUUCUUGGCCGCAAAUUAUGUAAAUGACAAGUUUUGAAAUAACUUUUGUUCUCCAUUUAGCACAUGGGUGGCAUUCAGUUA